UUAGAAGAAGGCAGAAAAUAAUGAAAACUAAAAUAAUAAUAUUUCUCAGUUUAUUGGCCCUCUCGUGGGGGGAGGAACUCUGCCGGCACGAUCUGUGUCCUAAAGAUGCGGUUCAUGUGGGAUGCUAUAAAACCGAGACAAUGAGCGCUAAAUGUGGCAAGGGCGCCCAUGUCCUUAAUGUGAACGGUGGCCUGAAGCCCAAGAUCUUGGGCGCCAUCAAUAUCCUGCGCAAUUACGUGGCCAGCGGUGUUGGCAACUUCUCGAUCGCCGCCCGGAUGCCGGUCAUGAAGUGGGACCACCAUCUCCAGCGCAUGGCCAACUUCCAGAUACGACAAUGCGAUAACAAGACUUCGUUCUGUGCCAACAUCAGGAAGUACCACUAUGUGGCCACCAUCGAGAUCCGGGGAACCAUGCGAAGACGCGGCAAUCUGGUCAAAGUGGUGGUGGACCGGAUGCUUCCCGAUUUGUUCAAUGAUCUCCUAGGCUGCAAAAUGGACGAAAAUCAACAAAUGAAACCACUAGCCGAGGGCCGCUGCAAUGGACACUAUACACCCCUGAUCGAGGACCAUGGAUCGAGAAUGGGCUGUGCCAUUCUCGUCAAGCCACUUGACGAACACGAUCCCAAACAGGUGUCCAUCGUCCUGUUGUGCCACUUCUCCCGGGCCAAUGUGAACGGGAUGCCCCACUACGAGGUAGGCACCACGGCCACGGAAAAGUGCCGGACCGGAGCCGACCAGUUGUACCAGUUCCUGUGCAGCACUGCGGAGGAGGUAAAUGCCAACAAGCUGGUGGUGAAGACCGCACAGCCAGAUCACCCAGAUGAAAUUAGUGACACCGAGUGAAGUCGUAAAUAAAAUAUAUGCUCAGUUGGCAUAACCAAUUGGUUGAACAAGA